ACACUAAUCUUGUCCAAGUAAUUUCCCUUCCAAACAGGAACAAAACUGGUCAGCAAAACACCCAGUCACAGGCAGGAGGAUCACCAGGUCUCCUGACAAUGACCCAUCUGUUUCUAUUUUUCCUUUUUGGAGCCUUAGCUCUCUCUGGCUCAGAAGGUGCUGGCAACUCCACAGGCAAGCAUCGCAAUGCUAGGUUCUUGUUUGACUUUUCUGACAAACAUAAGCCUGAACAUAACAUAAUUCCUAACCCGUCUCAACAAGACUCAUCUGCAAAGCAGGUCUGUCGAAGUCUAUGCCAGAAAGGCUGGAUUCGUUACGAAGGCUACUGUUACAUGUUUAUUCAAGAGAGAAUGACAUGGCUGGAAGCUGAGAAAACAUGUUCGGCUAUAAGUGCAGGAGGUCACCUAACCAGCAUCACCAGCGCAGAACAGAAUGAAUUCCUUCGUAAGCUUUCUCAGGGACAACAGAAUACCCAGUUCUGGACAGGGGGAACUUACCAAAAGGGUUCUUUGUUGAGAUGGAGUGAUGGAUCUCUAAUAACCUUUGUCCAGAGGCCUCUGUCAUCUAUUUUCCAUGCCAUUGGAGGACUAAUUAACAACCUGUUUAACAUAAAACUUUGCCUGAUGGUCAACAUUGGAGGAGGGGCUCAAUGGGAAAGCUCCCCUUGCAGCCAGAGGCUGCCAUUCAUCUGCACUUACAGACCAAGCUUAGUCCACCCUUAA